ACGAUCGUGUGUUUUUUUACAGAAGAAGACAGCAACGUUUAGACCUCGAUAAGUACUUUCGCCUUUUAUGUUUGUUUACGAUUUUUACUUCCAGUCGACAGUAUUCGCACAUAGUGACAUCACUUCGUAAAGAUGAAUGAGGAUAUUCUCACCACUCUGAAAAUAUUAAUUAUUGGAGAAAGUGGAGUGGGCAAAUCCAGUCUUCUUUUGAGAUUUACGGAUGAUACAUUUGAUCCAGAAAUUGGUGCAACCAUCGGAGUAGAUUUUAAAGUGAAGACCCUUGCUGUGGAUGGAAACAAAGCAAAGCUAGCAAUCUGGGACACAGCAGGUCAGGAACGCUUUCGAACUUUGACACCCAGUUACUACAGAGGAGCUCAGGGUGUUAUACUGGUAUAUGACGUCACUAGGCAAGAGACCUUUGCCAAGUUGGACAAUUGGUUGACUGAGCUAGAUACAUACUGUACAAGAAAUGACCUUGUCAAGAUGCUGGUGGGAAACAAAAUAGAUCAGGAAGACCGUGAGGUUGAGCGAGACGUGGGCCUGAAGUUUGCUAGGAAACAUUCCAUGCUGUUCAUAGAGGCCAGCGCUAAGACGAGGGACGGUGUUCAGUGUACGUUCGAGGAGCUGGUGGAGAAGAUCCUACAAACUCCAGGUUUAUGGGAAAGUGUACACAAAACCAGAGGAGUCCAACUGUCUGAACUCUCUGGAACCUCUGACGGAGGCUGUGGAGCGUACUGCUCACUUCUUUAACACAAAGACCAGCAUUUAAACAGAACAGGUUAGAGUAGUUUAGAAACACAGAGGGUACGUGAACUUUUUUGUUUUUCUUUAUGUACCUGUGCACAAGUUGCCAUAAGGGAAAAGUUCUAUUACAUGUUUCCUGGACAGUGAUGAUCGCUUAAAUCAUUUAUCAUUUUAGGGAGACCUCUGGAACAUCAGACAAACCUUCUCCAAUUCAAAACCUAUUGAAAACAUGCGUAUUAUUUAGACAAAAAUUACACCUCAGAUAGGUUUGCUCACCAGUUUGUGUACUGUACUUCUUGUAGCGUUUUACUUUUUGUCCUAGUGCCUGUGUUUCAUAUUAAGGGAGAGGUAAACAGUCAUCAGCCCAACUGAACCUUUCAAACUCCUGGAAUGAGACCUCAGUACAACACAGAUUUCCAUCAACAUGCCCUCGCUUGAUGUCUGCAGUGUGUGUUCUUUCACUAUCAGCCCAUCUCUGGAUUCCACUUAUUCUUCCUGUCAGUCACUUACGUUAAUUCACUUUCCUCUCCCGCUACACGAAUCUGCGUUCAAUUCGCUUCUAUCUCUGUGUUUUCACCCUGUGCGCCACAUCAGCCUUCUCUCCCUUUGCAGAAUAAUAGAAUUACCAAGAUUUUGGAUUGGCGUUUUACUGCUUUUAUUGACUUGGACCGCCCACUUGAAAACACGCUUUUGAAAGGUUUAUAAAUCAAGCCGACUGGCACAACGAGUCUCUAUUGUACAUAAAAAGAGGGUCAAAAUAAGAGAAUAGAUAAAAACAGGGUUUUCUUCUUUAUAGUUACUUUAACUGGGAUGAAAAUCUUUCGCCUGCAGCCUUAUGCACAGCCUAUGCUCACUGUACCGUCAGUUUGUCUCGGAAGAAGGAAAGACUUUAAAUGAAAGUCUUAAAGUGAGUUAUCAGGGUGUGACAUAGACAGCUUGUUUUCACACAUAUCGAAAUAGAAGAAAAAGACAAAUUUAGACAAAUCAAACUAAUAGUGAUGCAAAAUAAAUCAGUUCCUUGAGUUCCAGUCUUGAGUGUUGAAUCUGGAAUAUUUAGUGGUUUAAAGUGAUAGUUCACCAAAAAUGAAAAUUCUGUCAUUAUUUACUCACACUCUUGUCAUAUCAAACCUUCAGACUUUCUUUGUUCCGCAGAACACGAAAGAAGAUAUUUUGAAGAAUGUUGGUAACUGAACAACACUGGACCCCAUUCGCUUCUAUUGUAUGGACACAAAACCAGUGCGAGUGAAUGGGGGCCAGCUAACAACAUUCUUCCAAAUAUCUUCUUUUGUGUUCUGCGGAAGAAAGAAAGCCAUACAGGUUUGAAAUGACAAGAGGCUGAGUAAAUGAUGACAAGAGUUUUUAUUUUCGGGUGAACUAUCCCUUUAAUGUUUACUUUAGAUAUCCACGGGGUGCCAGUUAAUUAAAGGGCUAGUUCACCCAAAAAUGAAAAUUCUGUAAUCAUUUAUUCACCUACUAAUCAUUUCAAAACUGUAUGAUUUUUUUCUUCUGCAGAACAUUGAAUUCUAUUGUGUAUACACAAAACCACUAAGACAUUUCUCAAAGUAUCUUCUUUUCUGUUUUACAGACGAAAGAAUAAAUGAUGACAGAAUUUUUAUUUUCAUGUGAACAUCCUUUUAAGCCUUAUAUUGACUGCAUUGGGUGGCAAAAUCAUUUUGAGUGGUAAUCUUUCAGAAAGUGUAUGGUACAUAAGCAAGACACACAAGAGUUCACACACUCCUUUUCAUCUGUGAAUACAUUAGUUUAGAAAAUCAAAUAUUUACCUUAUUAUCUGUUGCAUGCAGUUUUGUCUGCCGUUGUGUUUUCUGUUGCUUUAAGAAUCUUGUGCUUCAGCAGUGUUUAGAGCAGUCAGAUGACAUUGUGUAUUUUUGGACCGUUCACCGCAUAGCAGAAUCAUUCCAUAUGAUCUGAUGACUUGUGUUGUUAUAUGGGAGUUAUAUGGGGUUGUUCUUUAAUAUUCUUUAAUCACAUUUAUUUACUUACUUUUACUUACUAUUCAUCACAUCAGUUGUGCUGAAUAAUGACUACAAUUCACCAGAAUGUGUUAAACAAUAUUGCAUGCUUUAAUUGCACAUUAAUGGUUGUAUGUUAAUAUAUUGUAAUAUUGAUGUUAAUGUUCCACUGACUCUGUUAUAAUGUUGCUCUUAAAAUGACAAUAUUUCUUGUCUCAUAAUUCUCUCUCUCUUUCUCGUUUUAUUCUUUCUUGUACCUUUUCCAGCAAUGAGUUCUUGUUAAAUAUGACCCACCACAGGAAUGCAUCUCCAGGCCUCUGUGAUUUCGCCGUUUCCCGUUACAUUUCAGUGUGAAUGCUGUUGUGAGCAGAGCGCAGUGUUUGCUUAUUCGUGUGUUCAAACGGCAUUGUACGGUUUCCGCACCUGUCCGAUGCGAUGAAUCCAAAUUAUUGCAUUUGGACAGACAUGCAGGUGCGGAAACCAUAGCGAUCGUUCAGGGUUUCCACUAUAGAUAUGUCUCCACGGCUGCUUGACCAGGAAGUGCGUAAUUCCUAGUUGACAAAUGAAGUCUACAUUGGUAUCUACAAGUACAGAGUUGUUCGAAGAAAGUAUGUCUCAAUCAAACAUGAACGGCAGUGUUUAUAAUGUUAUCCUUAUAUGACUUUCCAUGCUAGUCAUGUCAUUCUGUAAGCUAUUUCCACAAGAGUCUUUCCUAAAUAUUCCCACCUGCCAAACAGAGUGUCUGUCUUCAGUACUGGCUCAGGAACAGAUAUUCCAGAUGCAAUAUUAUAUUACAUAAUAUACUAACGGAGCAAUAAUUACCUGUUGUAAAAAACAGCUUAGGCCAGCAUAAACUUUCAGUCUGGUUUAAGGUAAGCUCACACUAGAGCACCGUAAGACUAUGAAUUUGCUGUAGUGCUUGCGCUACACAACGCUAAAAAGAGGCAAGACCUUUAGUCAAGAGCCGGUAACAUCCAAUAGCAAAAAAAACAACAUUUCCCACAUAACCGUUCAGCCACAUCUCUCAUGACAUUCAAAAAACAAUUACAAAUGUAUUUUCUGCAAAUAUACUGGAAUACACAGGGAAGACACUGAAUGCUCUUUUUAUUAAAAAAAACCCUUCUAACCAUUCCAGCAUUGUAAAACCUCAGCACAUCGCGUAUUAUUGCCACUAUCGCUUAUUGUUUCCUAAUUCUUGUAAGAUGCUUGGAAUAAAAGUGCCUGAUAAAUGUAAAUUCUUUGUAACAAGAUUUUAUUGGUCAAACAUUAUUAAGACAAAGUGUGAGCAAUAAUGGGAAGUUUCCAUUGCAACAACAGCACCAAAAAUAAAACAAACAAAAUAUAUUAAAAUAAUAAUAAAAUAAUAAGUAAAAGUAAAUAAAAAACACCUCCAUGUACAGAGUAUACACUCACCUAAAGGAUUAUUAGGAACACCAUACUAAUACGGUGUUUGACCCCCUUUCGCCUUCAGAACUGCCUUAAUUCUACGUGGCAUUGAUUCAACAAGGUGCUGAAAGCAUUCUUUAGAAAUGUUGGCCCAUAUUGAUAGGAUAGCAUCUUGCAGUUGAUGGAGAUUUGUGGGAUGCACAUCCAGGGCACGAAGCUCCCGUUCCACCACAUCCCAAAGAUGUUCUAUCGGGUUGAGAUCUGGUGACUGUGGGGGCCAUUCUAGUACAGUGAACUCAUUGUCAUGUUCAAGAAACCAAUUUGAAAUGAUUCGAGCUUUGUGACAUGGUGCAUUAUCCUGCUGGAAGUAGCCAUUAGAGGAUGGGUACAUGGUGGUCAUAAAGGGAUGGACAUGGUCAGAAACAAUGCUCAGGUAGGCCGUGGCAUUUAAACGAUGCCCAAUUGGCACUAAGGGGCCUAAAGUGUGCCAAGAAAACAUCCCCCACACCAUUACACCACCACCACCAGCCUGCACAGUGGUAACAAGGCAUGAUGGAUCCAUGUUCUCAUUCUGUUUACGCCAAAUUCUGACUCUACCAUUUGAAUGUCUCAACAGAAAUCGAGACUCAUCAGACCAGGCAACAUUUUUCCAGUCUUCAACUGUCCAAUUUUGGUGAGCUCGUGCAAAUUGUAGCCUCUUUUUCCUAUUUGUAGUGGAGAUGAGUGGUACCCGGUGGGGUCUUCUGCUGUUGUAGCCCAUCUGCCUCAAGGUUGUGCGUGUUGUGGCUUCACAAAUGCUUUGCUGCAUACCUCGGUUGUAACGAGUGGUUAUUUCAGUCAAAGUUGCUCUUCUAUCAGCUUGAAUCAGUCGGCCCAUUCUCCUCUGACCUCUAGCAUCAACAAGGCAUUUUCGCCCACAGGACUGCCGCAUACUGGAUGUUUUUCCCUUUUCACACCAUUCUUUGUAAACCCUAGAAAUGGUUGUGCGUGAAAAUCCCAGUAACUGAGCAGAUUGUGAAAUAUUCAGACCGGCCCGUCUGGCACCAACAACCAUGCCACGCUCAAAAUUGCUUAAAUCACCUUUCUUUCCCAUUCUGACAUUCAGUUUGGAGUUCAGGAGAUUGUCUUGACCAGGACCACACCCCUAAAUGCAUUGAAGCAACUGCCAUGUGAUUGGUUGAUUAGAUAAUUGCAUUAAUGAGAAAUUGAACAGGUGUUCCUAAUAAUCCUUUAGGUGAGUGUAUGUCUAUGUUGUCUUGUUAUUUAUUAUGUUCAUAAAAGAGUUUCCAUCAAGGUUUUUUGAAAAGGCAUUAAAACAUAAAUGGACCAAAAUCUACGAAGUUUGUUAGCUUAUCUUUUCUAAGCCAAGACAUGAGAUCAUCUCGGAUAGCCAUUGAGAAACUUGCGAGACUGUCUUCCUUUUUUAUGAACAGGCAGGUUUCCGGCAGAAAAUAAUUUAAUAAUGAUCCUUUAUAUUUGACGAUUUUAUAAUUCAGUAGAUAAAUAUGUAAUAUACACAUUUGGGAUCAAAAAAUAUUUAGUUACUAGUAAUUUAACAUAUUAUCUUGCCCAAAAAGCUUUUCACUCUUGUACAUCCCCAUUCCUCACAAAUAUAUGCGCUAAAAGCAUUUCUCCAUUUACACCAUCAAAACUGAUUGACUCUGCACUUGUUCACCAGCAAAACUUGCUUCAGUUCUUGCUAGUAAACUGGUUGACCAAUGGUUAUGAAGGCUAGUUUUAGCGCUAGAAAAAUAUGCUGGUCUGUAGGUGCACAAAUCUAUUUUUGUUUGUUUGUUUGUUCUUAAUCGACAGAAGUUUUCAUCAAAUUAUUUAUUUUGAUCACGUCAUGAGUGGAGUCAGGUAAGUUCAAUCACAUUACAUACUUUACCAGAAUAUUAGCGAAAUCUGCAGGUAUCUGCAGUAUUUUCUUAUUCUCUUCUUGUUCUGCAACCACAGAUUCCUUGUGGGCCUACUAAUGAUCGAAUGAUGAAGGCUUGUGGAUUCUGGUUUCCUGACCCUGCUCACUUCUUUCAUCCAUUUUCUUUGAUGCAUCAAACUGAGGGCUUUAUAUCUGUCCAUUUCUGCAUAGGUCAUCAGCCCAUGUCCCAUUAACCCUGUCUCCCCCAACAGUGCGUGGACGACCUCUCUGUGGACUCAUCACACUGUCCUGCAUGAGAUCAUUUUGACACGGUGGUGGUGCUUUCAGAAGGUGUCAAGUUCUCCAGACAUCACCGCUCUCAUUAUCAGUCUGACUGAUUUGCUGUGUCGGCCGAAGGAACGGAGCCAAGCAGUUGUGGGUGGGCACAUAGCCUACAAAAAACGCCUGAGGGUCAGGUUUAGCUAUGAUUUCUAAAUCUGUAUUUUACACUAGAGAAUUUUUUUCAGUGCAACAAGUAUAGAUUCAAAGGAACAUUUUCAUUAGCGUUAUACAGUAACUGCCGCUUGGCAUGCAGGGUUUCUUGUACAUCACAUUCUGUAGCAUUUAAUGCCACAUUUGGCUGGUGUUAAAGCCACGGUUAACUGUAAUAUUGGUCUGAAUAGCAAUUUGCUUGGCUGAAAUCCAUUUCCAAUCCUUCUUAAGUCUGGAUCUGAGGGAUUUGCUAUUUAAGUUGAUUAGCAGUGUCUGGGGUAAUGGGCAAUCUUUUGUAAUAAUCCUGGGCAACUUUCACAAUCAGUUGUUGCCAGGGUUUGGAAAUACUGUACAUAGACUGCAAUCAUAACCACUUAUUAUUACCAGAUGAUUAGCUUUUCUGAAAGGUUGGAUUCAUACCGUUGACAUCUGAGGUUGUGUUGGUCAUAGUCCAGAGCUUUGAUACUCAAUCCACAACUCGCAAGCUUUGUGCAGCUUUUUAAUGACAUUGUUGUGUGAAGUCUCACUUCCCCCAAAUGGUAACAAGUUCUUGUCCAAUGCUUGUCAGUUGUAAUAAGUUUUAGUUUCAUUAGGAAAAACUUGAUAUACUGUGGCACUACUCUACUGAGCAACCAAUCAGAAUUAAGCUAGGUCUUGGUUAAAUGCUUCAUCUUAAAUGUCAGAGAAGUCUGAUUAAUUUUUAUUUGAUUUUGCAUCUGAUUUGUGACAUGUUAAAAAAGUAAAAUUACGUUUUGUGGC